AUGGCGGAAUCCACAGCUUUCGUUUUCUAUCGGUAUCAGCCAUCCAUGGCUGCGGCCGUCAUCUUUAUAGCCGGCUUCGGGAUAUCUACCCUCCUUCACCUGAAGAUGCUUGUGCAGAAGAGAACUUGGUAUUUCAUUCCAUUCAUAAUUGGAUGUAUCUUUGAGGUCAUCGGUUAUCUUGGUCGAGCGAUGUCCUCGGCUGAGUCCCCAAACUUUACGAAAAACCCAUACAUCAUUCAGUCCAUCCUUCUCCUUCUAGGACCCACGCUCAUUGCAGCGUCCAUAUAUAUGAUUCUGGGACGACUCGUCGUCCUCCUUGAAGCCGAUUCAUAUUCUAUGAUCAGACCCCGAUGGCUCACCAAAGUCUUUGUCCUUGGAGAUGUGCUUUCGUUCUUUGCGCAGGGUGGAGGAGGCGGCAUGCUGACGCAAGCCAAGUCUGCCGACGACGUCAAGCUUGGAGAAAAUAUCAUUAUCGGCGGACUCUUUAUUCAGAUCAUCUUCUUUGGCUUUUUCAUGAUAGUCGCCCUAGUCUUUCAUCGUCGCAUAUCAAAGCGCCCGACCAGAGCAGCCUUGAUGAUUGUCUCCCCUUGGGAACAACUCAUCUAUGUCCUAUACUUCUCGAGCGGCUUGAUCAUGAUACGAUCAGUAUACCGUGUGGCGGAGUAUAUAACGGGCUCUGAUGGAAUGCUGAUGUCCAAGGAGCUGUAUCUUUACUGUUUAGACGCUCUUCCGAUGCUGCUUGUCUCUGUUUCCUAUAUUGUUUUUCACCCAGGCCGCGUCAUCAACAAUAACUCGCAAGAUAGACGCCUCUCUGUUUCGAGCCUCGAAAUCCUCGGAGAAAACCGUCGCUAG